AUGGAACACGUGGAGAAUGUUCAAUUUCCCUCUCCUUGCAAGGAAUUUCCUUCAUCAGAAACAUCAAUUGCUCAGACUAUUUACUGUUAUACAUUAAUUGCACUCUGGCUUUUAUUGCUAGCAACAGCAUUGACCUAUCAACUGAGAAAAUUUAUAAAGAUUAAAGGCAACAGCAAAGACAUUGAACUUGGAGAGAUUCAAAGAAAAGAUUCAAACCUCCACCUCUUUGACGAAAAUGGACACUUUACAAAUCGACAAAAUCUUAUUACACAACAGAAUAACUAG